ACAUACAUACAGUUACGUUACAGUAAGUCGGUCGUCUUUCACUCACCACAUCCAUGCCAUGCUCGCACACACACAUGAAUGAAUGAAUGAAUGGAUGUGUAUCCUCGUCUUCACACCGCGGCCGUGCAGGCGACCAUGUCUGUCCUGCUGCUGGACGAGUGAGGACGGAGAGGCGCACGUUACGUUCGUCUCCAGUCACUCACUCACCCUCCAGCAGCACAGGGCACCUCACCUGCCGGCAGGCGUGGAAACAAGACAAGGGAAAUCGGAACACACAUACUUGACACAUGCCAGGCUAGUCGUCAUCCCCCUCGUCAUCAUACGACAGCAAUGCACUCAACAACUUCUCACUCGCAGCAGCAGCGGGCUUCUUGCCACCACCGCCCUCCGAUGAGGACGAGAGAUGCCCGCUCGCCUUGCUAUCCUCCCUCUUCGCUGCCUUAUCUCUCGCCUCUUCGUCAUGGCCUUCGGCGUUAGCUGGGUGCUUGCCCUCUUCGUCUUCCGCCCCUGCUGCUGCUGCUGCUGCCGUGGGGUCGGCGCCUCCCUCUGUCUUGCGCUUCUUCUUGACGAUUAGCCCGGCAAAUCGGUGCUGAAACCACACACAUACAACACAGAGAGACGGAGGGAGGGUUUGCUCUCGCCCGUAUCCAUCCAUCCAUCCAUCCAUCCAUCCAUAUUCCCAGUGGCACACCCACCCCUCCACUGGCGGCCGCGUCAGCUUUCCUUUUUUCGGCAGGUGUGGGCUUCUCGUCCACCAGGCCGCCCGACGUGCCACUGGGAGCAGCAGAGUGGUGGUGGGCGUGGGUGUUGGCGUGGUGUUGGUGUGUGUGUGGUGCGGCGGGGUUGAGGUGCAGCUCUGAUCGUGCCUUCUGGAACUCUGAGAGCGCAUCUCGCUCCUCCUUGGCCCGCAUCGACAUGCGGUCGCGAGUCUGCUUCUCCACCUGCUGAUAAAACUCGUACUCGUCCUCGGUCACCUGAUCAUCAACCAACCGAUGGAUGGAUGGAGGGAGGGAGGGACGGAGGGAGGGGGUGUGGAUGGUGUUGAGUGUGCUCAGUGGCUCGCCCGCUGACCGGUGGUGGCGCGAAGGGGUUUGCCGUCGUGGUGCCUGUGGCCUUGGCUGCCUCUGUUGCUGCCUCAUCGGGUGCAUCUUCUGGCGGUGCCGAGGAGUCGGCGACCUCUGACAUACUGCAUACAUCGCAGCGAGCACACAGAAACAACGUGUGGGUGCAGAAGGUCCACUGGUAAUAUCAUGCAUGGUUCAUCCAUCCCUCCUUCUGGCUGGCUGGCUCACGCACGUCGGCAUAAAGGCAGCUGCAGAACAACAUUCACAGGCGAGUCAGCGGAUACAGACAGAUUGACAGACAGAUGACGCGAUGAUUGAGAUCUGCGUCAGCUCAUGCUUCUCCCUUGCCGGUCGGUGUGUGCGUUUGUGUGCUCACGUAUGUACCUCUGCUGAAUUCGGGCAGUUUUCGCAGCCGCUCCUCAUAGUCUCGUUCCUCCUGCGUGCGGUUGUCCUUCUCGGUGUACGACACCCCCGAUGCCGUGAUCUUCUGCUGGUACGUCCCUCGACUCACGAAGUUCAUCUUUGCAAGCCAAGCGGAAUGGGAGGGAGCUGCAGAUUGAUUAUGGAGGAAGGA